AUGAAGAUGAAUUACACCCUCAGUCUUUAUCUUGGCGCGCCCGGAGAGCAGGCAUCCAGCAAUGUUGCGGCAGAUAUCUACUUCCAGUAUCCGGACGGGAGUGGGAUGUUGAACGUGUGGGACGAAGCCGGCAAUUUGCCCAGUGUCGGAGCAUUGGUCUCCUGGGCGCGCUUGGAAACAAAGAUAAGCGAAUGUCAUGAAGAGCAUGAUCGAUGUCGGCAAAAAGUCCAGCGGGUUUUACCACAAGGGUUCCGAGUGAUCGACAUUACUCGACGGCGCAUUGUGGAAACAACGGACGUGGCCUUUAUUGCUUUAAGCUAUGUCUGGGGGGUGGACACCCGCUCACCCCUACUUACAGCUACACGUGCUACGAUCUCUGGAAUGAAAGAGGACGGUGGACUUCCAACAUUAGAAAUGCCUCGAACGAUUGAAGAUGCUAUGACCAUAAGUACGCGAUUAGGGGAAAGGUAUUUGUGGGUGGACCGUCUCUGUAUCAUCCAAGAUGAUCCCAAAGACAAAAUGAAUCAAAUUGAGGCGAUGAGUGAUGUCUACACUUCAGCACGAUUGGUACUGAUCGCGGCGUACGGCAACAACAUGGAUUUUGGAAUCCACGGCAUCAGCUUCACCAAUAUCAUCCGAGAACCUGAGGAUGACCCCCUCGCUCUAUGGCAUACCCGCGGAUGGACCUACCAGGAAGCUGUACUGGCAAGACGACGGCUUUUCUUCACGAAUGUACGAGCAUAUUUUGAGUGUGUACAAUCGACCUGCCACGAGGACGCAUAUAAUAGCGAGACUGAUCCCAAUGAGUUCACUUCAUAUGAACUUCUGAUGAAGGAAGACCGCUCACGUUUUGAGGCCUUUGCACGUCAUCUCCGGAACUAUACUUCCCGAAGCCUUUCAUACCAGUGGGACGUGUACAAUGCCAUCACUGGAAUCACGAAAGCAUUAUAUGAGGGGAAGAGUACGUUCAUCAACGGGCUGCCUCAAGUAGAUUUCGACCGAGCUCUGCGGUGGUUUGCUGACCUCGGUAACACUAGCCUUUGUCGCUUGGAAACCGAAGAAAUAUCAUGUCCCACCUGGUCGUGGUCCGCAAUCAUGAACCGCGCAGAUCAAGUACGGUAUCAGGAGACGGCACUAUAUGGGACGCUUGCCCUCUGGUACAAAAAGGAUACUUCUUCGUUUGCAGGGGGUCAGCUGCAAGCCGUCAAUCUACACAGUGAGACCGAGAUGGAUGAUAAUUGGUCUCUCUAUAUGGCAAUUGCAUGCGAACAAGGGCUCGUGGGAAGUAUACCGACCUGUUGGUCCCCGACAACCGACAGCUUUUCAACCAUAUGUGAGAGAUUCAAUAUGCGCUGGCCAGAUUAUCCGACAUUCUGCAAGGAAGCUAUUCCGUCAGCAAAAUGGCCUCAAUGGUGCCAGAAAACGAAUUCUCUUCUCCCGGCCCUGAGACAGGGAGUUCUCCUCACCGCAACUCAAUCUGGCCUCCUUCGACUACGGGAAAGAAGCCCGAAGACCGGUUUGAGUAUAAUCGACGCCGCAGGCGACAUCGUCGGCGAGCUCUGCGGGGACGUGAGUCAGCUUACAAAAGAGCUAACAGCUCCGCAUCACGAUCAGAACGCCUCGUAUGAAUUCAUCGCGCUCUCUUUAUCGGGCCAGCGUCUUCGACCUUAUAUUGGUCAGGAGAGAGAGACGAAGAAUUAUUUCGAUGUGGGCAGUAACCCGCUGGAUACGUUGCCUAUCGUUAACCUGUUGAUGGUUGGAUGGAGAGGGAAAUAUGCAUAUCGCAGAGAGCUCGGGUGGGUAUACAUGAAGGAUUGGAUUGAGGUGGAUCGGGAGUGGAAGGUGGUUAUGCAUGAGUGA